AUGAUUCACGGACCAUGCGGAAACGCAAAUCGGAAUUCGCAGUGCAUGAAGGAAGGUAAAUGUUCCAAAUACUUUCCUAAGGACUUCCGCAAAGAUACAGUUGUCGAUGAAGAUGGUUAUCCGGUUUACAGAAGAAGGGACAACGGUCACACUGUCAUUAGGAAUGGUAUAGAGGUUGACAAUAGAUUUGUUGUUCCCUACAAUUCAAAAUUGUUGUUGAAGUUUAAAACUCAUAUUAAUAUGGAAUGGUGCAAUCAAAGUACAUCCAUAAAAUAUUUGUUUAAAUACAUCAACAAAGGCUAUGAUCGAAUAACCGCUGCAAUCGUCAUGAAUGAAAAUGGAAAUCCCCUUGAGAGCCAAGAUGUCGAUGAAAUCAAGCAGUAUAUUGACUGUAGGUAUGUUUCUCCAAGCGAAGCAUCUUGGAGAAUUUAUGGUUUCCCCAUUCAUGGAAGGAAACCAGCUCUAGAAAGAUUACACUUCCACUGUGAAGGUCAAAAUUCAGUAUACUAUACUGACAUUAGCAAUAUUUCCACUGUUCUUGAGAAACCAAGUGUAACUGAGUCGAUGUUUACGUCAUGGUUUGAAGCUAAUAAGAAGUAUAGCGAAGCUCAACAAUUGACAUAUAGCAAUUUUGUUUCAAAGUGGUUGUGUUGGAAUGAACUUUUGUUGGGUGUUAUGAAAAUGUUGUUGGAUGUCAGGGAUAGGUUGUCUGGAUUGUUGGAAGUUUGA